CUUCAAGAAGUAGUCAUUACUGAGACAUCUCUAUCUUUGGAUAUUGUAAAAUACUUGGAUCAAAAAGUUGAUAGAAGAAGAAAAAACCCGUUACCUGGAUCUUCAUUAUACAAGGUGUUGUGCCAUCCUUAAGGAUACUACAGCUAUUUCUAGAUUUUAUUAAGAUUCAACUCUACAUCCUACAAAGCAAUGGCUUUCACACGCUUCAUCAUCCUGGUAGCUCUUAUUGCUGCAUCUUACGCACAGUUCCUCGACCUCGACAGUUUCACCAUCGAUAGUCCCUCUGUCAUCUACGAUGGCGAAGUAUUCGAUGUCGUGUUCGACGUCACCUUCACGCCUACUGGCGGAGCUGCUUCAAUCAUCACCAAUUCCCAUGGCUCUACCCGCUUCAUGCCCGUCUUCACUCUGUCCGAGGAUGGUGAGACGCUAGAUCUGGAUGCUUACUCUACAGUCGAACUGACAUCAGCUCAACAGACUACUGCUCUUACUGAUGAUGACUCUGUGACGUGGAGCAACCUCGAGGCCUCUCUCAAUCUGACCGAUAUUGAAUGUGGUGAUGGUUCCGUGUAUCAGUAUGCCUGUGUGUCUAUCAUGGCAUACACUGGAGUCACCUGGUCCGGUGUCGAUACGUCCAACAGCUCUAUGUGUUCUUCCUUCGUCUGCAAAGCUGUUGCCGAUGUGGCUAUCAGUGCCCUGACCAUCACCAAUCCUGAUGAUAGCGUAAUCGGUAUCGGUGGAGGUCAAGCUGUCGAUUUCGACAUCACCAUCUCAAACCCUUCCGGAGGCGACAACGUCGUCGGUAGCGACAACUGGAUCGUCAAGUUCUACCUUUCCGACGAAGAGACCGGUGGCACUGAAGUCGCUUCUGAGACCAUCUCUCUAUCAUCUUCUCAGGAAACCGCCGACAUCAACGCCGGAUCCACUUCUACUUUCUCCGAUCUCGCCGUCACUCUCACCCUCGACGAUGUCACCUGUGAUGACUUCGCAUACGCCUGUUCCAGCGUUGAGCCCGCGUCCGCAGCUUACUGGACCCGCCCUGCCUCUCCUAGUGAUAACUACGUCUGUGUGUCAGUCACAUGUGGAGCAGCAGCUAUCAAGACAAGUCUAAUGGUUAUGCUUCUUACUGUUAUCGUCAGUCUUUUAUUCAACCAUUAAUCCCUUUAGCAUCUUAAUAGAACUCAAUUUACCCAAAUAACUCUUGGACAUAUUAAAAGAAAAGCCGGCAAUAGCCUUGAACGUUGAAUGUUGUCGAAAGUGGAGCAGCUCGAAUAAUAGUAUACAUUGGCGAUAAUAGUGUCGUCUGCUAAGUAGCAAUUCUUCUACAUAGUUAUGAAUUGUAUUUGGUGAUGAUAACAUUGUCUGCCAAAUGCAAAACUUUAGUUGUCAACCUGGAAAAGAUAGUACAAGUAUUCAUAAAUCAGAUGUAGGCUCAGUUGUAUAUAUACAUGUACUCCUAGUUGCAAUUCUCUUGUAAAAAUAUAAAUAAAUUUACAUUAAAGUAAAAUAGAAUACUUACUUUAUUAACGGUCUAAAACAUAAAAUCAUUAAUUGGACAUUUGAUUAUUGUACUAACAGAGUGGACAAUGAAAUCAUGUUAUCACUUGAUAUGUGUCUUUGAAAGAGACAUCGCUAUAUAUUAUCAAAUUCUAAAGUCUGUUUGGUAUAUGAUCUUUGGAAGUAUAUGUUAAUUUCUAUGAUGUCAUCGAGCAGGAUAUUACUCCGCGAUGCGAGAUAUUCGGCGCGCCUUCUGUGUAUGAACAUCUUUCACAGUGUAAUAGAAUUAUCGAUAUUCGCGAGUAAUAUUCUGCUGGAAAUGCAAUCAUAAUUCUAGUAGAGGUUGUCAAACCUACUUCCUAAAUGAUAUCAAGCGAAGACUACAAUUGUUUUUUUCAGAAAUGAAAUUAUCUAUACGUAUUGCUACUCGCCUAGACUUGUAGCAUUUUGUCAUCCAAACACCUUGAUCAAUGAUAUAUAACGAUGUAAAUUGUAAAUUUCUUUUCGUACUUCGUAGCGCUACAUGUAUACCUUUUCUUGAUCUAUUAUUGUACUUACCUCAAAUGUGUUAACAUUUAUGUAAAUGAAAGUUGUGGUGCGCACCCUAAUCUAUUUUGCUAUGCCAUGUCGCAAUAUUUAUUUAUGCAUGAAAUGUAUGCUUAGUAAAUAAAGUGGCCACUUUGUUUCUUUGAAAAGUA